ACCCCGCUCGCUCGCCCCGAUGGUUUCGCGCUGCCCGGUCAGGGCCGUUCCCGGCAGCCGCCGCCUGGCGUGAGCCUGCGGCUGGUGAGCGCCCGGAGCAGGAGCGGGAUGGCCGGAGCCCGCGGCUGGCUCUAGGGGCUCGGGUCCUAUUGCACCCGCCGCCCCCCGCCCGAGUCUCCAGCAUCCCCCCAGCGGGCGGCGCCCCGGAGCCGCGGGGGGUGCGGCCGCCCCUGGCCUUUGUGCGCGGGCGAGGGGCGCACGGAGCGGGGCUCCCCGGGGUGGGACCCACCGGCGCUGCAGCCCAUCCCUCCUCCUAGGCCAUGAGCGCCCCCUUCUAGCCGCGGAGCCGCGCGGGUCCCCCCCGGCCAGCCCCCGCGCCCGGCGCCCGGGGAAGAUGUCUUCGCGCACCGCCCUGGCGUCUGGCAACGAGCGGAACUCGGACGCGCACUCCACCCUGGCCAGCAGCCGCUCGGAGAAGGGCUCAUCGUGGUCCAGCCGGUCGCUGGGUGCACGCUGCCGGAACUCCAUCGCCUCCUGCACCGAUGAGCAGCCCCACAUCGGCAACUAUCGACUCCUCAAAACCAUUGGCAAGGGCAACUUCGCCAAGGUCAAGCUGGCCCGGCACAUCCUGACAGGCAGAGAGGUUGCAAUAAAAAUAAUUGACAAGACACAGCUGAACCCCACAAGCCUCCAGAAGCUCUUCCGGGAAGUGCGGAUCAUGAAGGGACUGAACCAUCCCAACAUCGUGAAGUUGUUUGAGGUGAUAGAGACGGAGAAAACACUCUACCUGGUGAUGGAGUAUGCCAGUGCUGGCGAAGUCUUCGACUACCUCGUGUCACACGGACGGAUGAAGGAGAAGGAAGCCCGGGCAAAAUUCAGACAGAUCGUCUCGGCCGUGCACUAUUGUCACCAGAAGAACAUUGUGCACCGAGACCUGAAGGCGGAGAACCUGCUGUUGGACGCCGACGCCAACAUCAAGAUCGCCGACUUCGGGUUCAGCAACGAGUUCACGCUUGGCUCCAAGCUGGACACGUUCUGUGGGAGCCCCCCCUACGCCGCCCCCGAGCUCUUCCAGGGCAAGAAAUACGAUGGACCCGAGGUCGACAUCUGGAGCCUGGGCGUCAUCCUCUACACCCUGGUCAGCGGCUCGCUGCCCUUUGACGGGCAGAACCUCAAGGAGCUGCGGGAGCGCGUGCUGCGAGGCAAGUACCGCGUCCCCUUCUACAUGUCCACAGACUGCGAGACCAUCCUGCGCCGUUUCCUGGUGCUCAACCCUGCCAAGCGCUGCACCCUGGAGCAAAUCAUGAAGGACAAAUGGAUCAACAUUGGCUAUGAGGGCGACGAGCUGAAGCCCUACAAGGAGCCUGAGGAGGAUUUUGGGGACACCAAGCGCAUUGAGGUGAUGGUGGGAAUGGGAUACACCCGCGAGGAGAUCAAGGAAGCCCUGAAUAGCCAAAAAUACAAUGAGGUCACGGCCACCUAUCUCCUGCUGGGCAGGAAGAACGAGGUGGAGGGGAGUGAGUCCCGCACGGGCAGCAGCCUCUCCCUGGCCCGGGUGCGGGCACCCAGCGAGGUUUCCAAUGGCACCAGCAAAUCGUCCUCCCAUGGCAAGAGCCAGCGCAGCUCCUCCACCUACCACCGGCAGCGGCGGCAUAGUGACUUCUGUGGCCCCUCGCCGGUCCCCUUGCACCCCAAGAGGAGCCCCACGAGCACUGGAGAGGCAGAGCUGAAGGAAGAGCGGAUGCCCUCGCGUAAGGCCAGCUGCAGCGUGGUGAGCAGCGGGCGCGGGAUCCCCCCAUCCAGCCCCAUGGUGAGCAGCGCCAACAAUCCCAACAAAUCAGAGAUCCCCGACCGGCGCAAGGACAGCACCAUCAACACGAACAACAUCCCGUCGAGCGUGAUGGCGCGGAGGAACACGUACGUGUGCACGGAGCGGCCCGGCGCCGACCGCCACUUGCUGCUGCACAAUGGCAAGGAGAACAGCUCCAUCACCAACCGGGUGCCCCCUGCGUCGCCCUCCAGCCACAGCAUCGCCACGUCCUCCUCAUCCUCGGACCGCACCCGCCUCUCGCGUGGCACCACCAUCCGCAGCACCUUCCACGGGGGGCAGGUGCGGGACCGGCGCGGGGCCGUGCAGAACGGGCCGCCCACCUCCCCCACGCUGUCCCACGAGGCCACACCACUGCCCCAGAGCCGCAGCCGUGCCACCUCCAACCUCUUCAGCAAACUCACCUCCAAGCUGACGCGGAGGGUCGCAGACGAACCUGAGAGAAUCGGGGGACCUGCGCUCACAAGUUGCAAUUUACCUUGGAAUCAAAAGGAAGCAGAACCCCGGCUGCUCCGAUGUACCUGGAAUGUGAAGGUGACCAGCACCCACCCCCCCGAGGCCAUGAUGGCUGCCCUGCGCCAGGCCACGGACUCGGCCAGCUGCCGCUGCCACCAGCUGGAGCCCUUCCUCCUGUCCUGCACGCACGCCAAGAGUGCCAGCGAGCACUUCUGCCACUUCGAGGCGGAGGUGUGCCGGCUGCAGCGCCUCGGCCUCACUGGCGUGCUCUUUCGGCGCCUGGCCGGCACCUCGCUGGCCUUCCGCACCGUGGUGACGAGCAUUGCCAGCCAGCUGCAGCUCUAGCGCCCUGGACGCCUCCCCACGCCCAGCAGCCUGCCUGGCCCCAUUGCAGGUGGGGCGUCCCCCCAGGCUCCCUGGCCUGGAGCCAGUGCAGCCCUGGGAUGGACCUGGCCAGCAGCUGGGCCUGUAGGGGAAAUGCCCCUGACCCCUCUGGCCUGUGAACCUGGCCUCUCCUCUUCUGGGCCUAGGCCUGGGGCCUGCCCUGCUGCUCAUGGGGGAUCACAGGGAGAGCACGGGCACCGGGCGUUGUUCCCCUCUGGGGCAAGGGGCUGGGCCUGGUUCCUCUGGGCUGGGGGCAGGCCCAGGGCUGCCCCACUGCCCAGCCUAGUGCAGCAGGGGGCUCCCCAGGCCAAUUGUGGGGUGUCACCGAGCUACUGGCCCUAGUAUGGGGGAGCACUCCCAACCUUACCAGGUGUUGGGGUGAUAACAUUGGCAGGGACCGGGCAGGGCCCUCUGGAAGA